AUGUCAGGUGUGCUGCCAGUGCCACUGUCCUCUGUGUACCAGAGCCUCGCCGCUGAUUGCGAGGACGCCAUCAACACGCAAAUCAACCUAGAGCUCUGCACCGCCUACGUGUACCUGUCCAUGAGCUACUACUUCGACAGGGAGGACGUGGGCCUGAAGCGCUUCUCCCGCUACUUCCGGGAGCUGUUCCGAGAGCUGUUCGAGCAAGCCGAGAAGCUGAUGCAGCUGCAGAACCAGCGGGGCGCUCAGCUGUGCUUCUACGACGUCCAGAAGCCCCACAAAGACGGCUGGGAGGACGGCCUGAACGCCAUGGACUUUGCCUUGAUUCUGCUCAAGCUCAUCAAUGACGGCCUGCACGAUCUGUACAAGCUGGCCACCGAUAUGCAGGACGGCAGCCUGUGCUCCUACCUGGAGAAUCACGUCCUGCCUCAGCAAGACCAGUGUCUCAAGGAGCUGGCGGAUCAUGUCUCCACCCUGCGUAACAUGGUUGCUCCGGAAGAGUACCUCUUUGGCAACAAGACCGGUCUUGAUGGCGAUGGCGACAAAAAGGACUGA